GCGGAUUUACGGUCGCCCCCGGCACCGCUAUAAGAAGGGGCGCCCGGGGUGACUUGCGUCAGACACCAGUUGGACCGGCAGCUUCUUGUGUGUCAUGUCUGGACGCGGGAAACAAGGCGGCAAGGCGCGCGCCAAGGCCAAGACGCGCUCGUCGCGGGCCGGCCUGCAGUUCCCCGUGGGCCGCGUGCACCGGCUGCUCCGCAAGGGCAACUACGCCGAGCGGGUCGGGGCCGGCGCGCCCGUGUACCUGGCGGCCGUGCUGGAGUACCUGACGGCCGAGAUCCUGGAGCUGGCGGGCAACGCGGCCCGCGACAACAAGAAGACGCGCAUCAUCCCUCGUCACCUGCAGCUGGCCAUCCGCAACGACGAGGAGCUCAACAAGCUGCUGGGCAAGGUCACCAUCGCGCAGGGCGGCGUCCUGCCCAACAUCCAGGCCGUGCUGCUGCCCAAGAAGACCGAGAGCCACCACAAGGCAAAGGGCAAGUAGAAGCGACCUUACUCUGGCAGUUCCAGUAGAUCCAGUCCGAACCAAAGGCUCUUUUCAGAGCCACCCAUCUUUUCAAUAAAAGGGCACAAGUGUUCCUUCACUUAGGUUGAUAAUUGAAAGUGACACUUAAAGCAGUUGGUCGGUAGAUGUCAGUAGUUAAAAAACGCCCCAGAAAAGUGAAACUAACCCGUCCACUUUUGAAAGUUACAAUUCAAACAAGUUGCCAUCGGCUAAUUAAAACGGAUAGAUACUUGGUUUUUAACUAAGGCUAUCAGUACAGCCGGCCUUCUGUGUUAAGCCGGGAGAAAAAGAUUGGGGAAGAGCAAUGCUUGACCAUAGGUGAAUAUUUAGAUGCAAAUCUAGUAGCCUACAGGUCAGAACCACCUUUCAACUCUUCAGAGCACUUAUUUUGCAUCUUAACUGGGAAAGCCCAUCUGCAAUUUGCCCCCUCCACCUGUGCUGGGCCCUAAUCACUUGGAAAAGAAAGAUGCUACAUGCCCCGGAGCCCUGUCCUGUAGGCCCAGCUUAGCACGGGUUUCAGCGGGAUUUGUAAAAGGGACACAGGAAUCUUGUACCAGGUGUGAGUGUGAGUAUUUUUCCUUAACCCCGUUGCACACAAAUCGCAGUGGAAAUUGUGAAACAGUGGACGGAGUGCUCUUAAAUGAGAUGCUAUAGUGAGUGGAAAAU